AUGGCUAAUACUAGACGUUUACUGGUAUUAAAAUUAAUAGCUCCUGCUCUUGCAAAAUUUCCACCUUAUACAGGCCAAGAACUACUUGAUAAUUACUUGAAUAAAGUUAUUCAAUCAUGGGCAUAUCUUGAAGGGCAUAUAACAGUUCUUGAGAAUGCAAAUGCAGGAAAUUUUGACAAUGCAAUCAAGUGUAAUAUUUUAAAAUCUAUGAUGGGUGGAAAAUAUGUUCCAGUACUAGCAAAUAAUAAUCUUGAAAAGACAGUUGGAAAUCAGCAAUCAGCUAUACAAAGAUUGACUCAAGAAAAAUACCAACCUUAUGAUACUCCAGAUACUUAUGAAGCUAGAGUUCGACCACUAUUAUUAGGAGUGGCAGACAACAACGUGCAACAUGCACCAAAUUUGAAUGGUCAAGUUUCUCAACAAUCUUCCUAUAACACCAAAAUAAUAGAAGCUCCUAUAAUUCUGCAAUCAGUAUUUCCUAUACCUAAUACACAAAAAAUGAUUGAUGAGGUAUUAGCGAAACAAAAAUCCAAUUAUGAUGCUGAAAUAGAAAAAUUAAGAAAGGAAGUUCAAUCAUCAAAAGCACAGAAAACACAGACACCAGUUUUACAAACCUUAGAUAAAUAUUUAAAUGAUUUAGAUAUAUAUAGUAAAGAAGAUUUAGAUUCAAAUUAUUUUAAAAAACCUUUUCAAAGAUCUCCAACUAUCCACCCCGAAACAUAUGAUCAGUUAUUGUCUAAGCUUUCACCAGCAAUGCAAAAAAUGUGUCAGUCUCAUACAGUUCAGAAAAAAGAAUCAGAUAAGUGGUUUUCAUCUCUACAAUACCUAAAUGCUAGUAUAAAUGAUUUAUCUAUUUCUGAAUCAUUUUUAGAUAAUGAAAGUGAAUUCGGAGCCUUGAAUGAUGCAACAAUUAAUGCUCUCGGAUGGAAAGCUGACAAGCCAUCUGACUUUGAUAUAAAAGGUAACUCUAAACAUAUCACUAAAUCAUUGGGAUGGUUUACAGAUAUGCCAGUUAGUAUAAAAGAUAAGAAUGGUAAAACUGUUACAGCUACUGGAAAUUUUACACAUAUUGAUAAUGGUGAACCUAAACCAAUGUUAUGUUUAGGUAUGACAUGGAUUCGAAAAGUUCAAGAUAUUCUUGAUCCGAAUAAAAACCAAUUCCAAAUGAAAUUACAUGGUAGGUCUUUUAUUAUCCCAACUUUUAGCAAGACUCCAGAAGUUUCACAAAGUAAGAAUGCUAUCAUAUCUAAGGAUCUGGUCCAAGUAUCUACUAUCUCAUCUAGCUCGACUACUUUAAAAGCAGGUAAAGUUCUUGCUAAAAGAUGUUCUCAGCUUACUGAGACAAAGAUGGGAGCAUAG